AUGGCCUCGGCCACAAACAGAGCAGCACGCGGUUCAGACCGAAUCAGAGGGGCAGAAACCCAACCGAGCACAACAACAGGACGAGCCGACGUGGCGACGUGGCGACGUGGCGACGACGACCUCGACGGGAGCAACCAGGUCGGGGGUCAGGCAGCGCCCGAGUCAACCGAGGUGCAGAAAGUCGUCGUCUGA